AUGUUGAAAUGUUUAAAUUACGAUAGGAGGUUUAAAAGUACAUUCUUUUGUCAGAGGAAGAUUGAUUCAGCUAUCAUUGGAAGAUUAGUUGGUCGUUUUGGGACGCCAGGAGUAGACAAAAACAUUUUUGUCAUCCAAGUGAAAUUUCAUAUCAAGGGAUCUGGUCCUAAAUAUAUUGAACUUGAGAGUCCAACGAGUUCAACAAAGUGUGGUAUUUUAUUGAAUGUCGGAAAGGAUUAUAUUCUUGCAGGUCAAAUCAUUGAAGGGAUAAGAGGAAAAAUUGAUUCUUGUUGUUGGAUGGAACUAUGGGAUGACAUCCCACUCCAUAUAAAAUGGCGUUUGUUCCACAAGCGAAUGUCCUGCAACACACAGAAGUAUAGCGCGCCAAAAAUGCAGAAACAACAAAUCAGCAGCUAUAAAAAAUCCAAUACAAUAUAUCCAAAUAAUCAACAGAUGCCACAAACUUCUACAAGAUACAAUUUGAACCAAGUGUAUCAUAUAUCACCCCCGAAAAACGCGUUAAAUCAAAUGUUCCACAUCUCACCUCAGCUGGCAGGAGGAGGUGAUAUGGAUCAUAGGAAUAGAAUAGGGAAUCAAAUGAACGUGGCGGAGCCGCCAGAAGGCACGGACUAUGUAGGAGGGAGUGUCGGCAUGAUGUUUGGUGGUUACAUGAAUAGAAACCGUGAUAUGUACAAUCGUUACAGAGAACUAAUGGAUUAGUAUUGGUACCUGUGGUAUUUAGAUACAACAUUUUAAUUCAUUGAAUGUAAUCAUUUUCUUUUA